CUUCUACUUUCUGCUCACAGACAAAGAUAUGAGUAGAAGAAAACCCAAAGUCAUUCUGUGAACUAAUCCUCCCUUUAGACCAUGUCAUUCUCACACUCUGAAAAGUCCUUCAUCAAGUGCAUGGUUCAAGAGGUUCUCGAGAAGUGCAACAUCCCACUCGACAAGCUUCCGUUUGACCAGGACUUCUACGACCAAUGCAAAGAGAUUUUGGAAUCCAAAUACCAUUUACCAUCGUCGAUCGGGCCAUACCUCUUCGUCGGAGUCACCAUCGCCUUCACAGCAUAUUCCCAUCUUCCACACUCCAACCGAGCGCACGUCGCCAUAUUUACCACACUUGUGGCAGCGUUGGAUGAUAAUAGUCACAAACGGAUGGAAAGUUUCAACGAUCGGUUCGUGAAAGGACUCCCACAGGACGAUCCUAUCCUUGAUGCUCUGGCAAAAAGUCUUUCCGAAGCACAUGAAUAUUAUGGCCAGAUACAGUGCAACUUGAUUGUGACAUCCACAUUGGAUUUUAUAACUUCUUUGAUGAUGGACAUGGAUAUGAAAAGCUUAGCCCGCUCGCCCAGUUUCGCGGCUUACUGUCGGAGUAUCUCUGGUAUUCAGGUGGCCUACACGAUGUUUAUGUUCCCAAAGGACAUCGAGUUCACAACGUAUAUUCACUGUUUACCUCACGUAUCGAUUUACAUCAAUUACCUAAAUGACGUGCUUUCGUUUUACAAGGAGGAGCUUCGGGGAGAGGAGGAAAACCUUGCAUCUAUGCUCGCAAAGGAAUCUAUGAUCACGAAGCACGAGGCUAUUCGACGCCUUGCUGAUCACGUCGUCGAAGCUGAGAGAAAUAUCUCGAAAGGGUUGGCUGGCAACCAGUCUGCCUUGGACAUCUGGAAGAGCUUCAAAGUAGGAUAUGUUCGUUUCCAUACCUCAUGCCCCCGAUACAAGUUGGAGGAGUUAUUCGAGGUCCCUCUUACUUCCCGAGAGAUUCAGAAAAUUGGCUGA